AUGAAAUGGUGCCCUGUUGGCAAUUGGGGCCGCGACAGCAGUAGUGCUGAUGAUGCCGAGUACCAUUGCGAUCAUCCCGGCGACGACGACCAAAACGACGGUGUUCAUCAUGGCCUCUCCAUCAUCGAAGCCGGGCGGGAUCCCGAAGAGCUAGGCACUGAGAAGCACGUGACUUUGGAGCAGUCAUGCUUGGACCAGCUUGUUUGGCACACCAAGUUGCAUGAGAGCAGCAUGCCUGCGAUGGGUUUUUCAACGCUUUAUCAAUCGGCGAUUGAUAAUGCGAUUCGCAUUUGCAGGCUUAAGCUCCACUGCCCGCUAGCUGCAGCAGUGGUGCGCUGCACAUCCAACAUGGACAAGAGGCAGAAGACGGAGGCAGAGGAUCACUCGGGUCAUGGGCAUAGUCACGGCUACGGUGAUGUUCGUCGAUCCGGUGGACGGCUGCCGGUCACAGUCCUCACGGGCUACCUGGGAGCAGGAAAGACCACGUUGUUGAACUACAUCUUGAGAGUGCAGCACGACAAGAAGCUCGCCGUGAUCGAGAACGAGAUUGGCGAAGUCAGCAUCGACGACGCACUCGUCGAUCAGAAGCAAGUGGAAAUGGCACAGGAGCUUGUGCUGUUGGAUAAUGGUUGCGUCUGCUGCACAGUGCGCGGGGAUUUGAUUGCGUCUUUACACAAGAUUGGUGAGAAAUACGCUACUGGCGGAGCUCAUCUCGACGGCGUGCUCAUUGAGCUUACUGGGAUGGCUGAUCCGGCACCGGUGGUUCAGACGUUCAUCGUGGACCCGCAGGUGCAGAGGCAAUUCUACGUGGACAACGUGGUGACCUUGGUGGAUGCCAAGCAUGCCAUCGACAAGCUAGACGAGAGCAAAGGCGACCCAGAAAAGGGCACUGCCUGUGCGCAGAUUGCAUUUUCGAGCACUGUCCUGCUGAACAAGAUUGAUCUGGUGGAUGAUGCACACCUGAAGAAGGUGGAGGCGCGCAUUAAGGAGCUUAACGGCGCAGCCGAGAUUCUCAGGUGCCAGCAAUCGCAGGCUCCAAUGGACAAGCUGUUUAACGUCGGCGCCUUCAAUUUGGAGAGGGUGCUGGACGAGCAGUACAUGGAUGAAUCGGAGUUCCGGCAGUUCUACAAGCCUAAGAUGGACCGUUCUGUCUCAAACGUUGGCAUUCGCUGUGAAGGAGCCGUGCAGAUGUUCGCCAUCCAGCGAUUUUUGGACCAGUACCUAGGGCAAGAGGAAACAGCGAAGGAUUUCCUGCGUGUCAAGGCAGUUUUGAACAUCGCCGGCAGUGACAAAAAGUUUGUGCUACAGUGUGUUCAUAUGCUCCGAAAUCAGGGCUUUACCAAGCCAUGGGGCCCGGGAGAAAAGCGUGAGAAUAAAAUCAUCUUCAUUGGCCGUAGCAUGCAGCCACGGCGGCCGGAGCUCAAUGAAGGCUUCCAGGCUUGCUUAGUGACCAAGCCCUUACGCUUCCCAGUGGGCACGCCAAUCCGGGCCAAGACAGGUGCAGGUCCCCAUGACUGGGAGCCUGGCGUGGUGCUGGCACAGUGGGAUGAAUGCAACGCGUACCGCUUGCAGUUGCGGAGUGGCGACCAAGUCCAUGCGCCCAUGGACAUGGAUUGCUUCGUGAUGAAGGCCUGA